GUCAUCGACCCGGCCGGAAGUGGCCAGCAUAGAGCCGCUGGGCCCCGAUGGCCACCAGUGCUCGCAGAAGGCAGUGGUGCAGGCCCGCCUGACUCAGCCCGCCCGCCUGACCAGCAUCAUCUUCGCCGAGGACAUCACCACAGGCCAGGUCCUGCGCUGUGAUGCCAUCGUAGACCUCAUCCAUGGCAUUCAGAUCGUCUCCACCACUCGUGAGCUCUACCUGGAAGAUUCUCCCCUGGAGCUGAAGAUCCAGGCGCUGGACUCCGAAGGGAACACUUUCAGCACUCUGGCUGGACUGGGAUUUGACUGGACGAUCGUGAAGGACCCAGAAGCAGACGGGGUCUCAGAUUCCCACAAUGCACUGCGAAUCCUGACGUUCUCGGAGUCCACGUACAUACCCCCCGCCUACAUCUCGGAGAUGGAGAAGGCGGCCAAGCAGGGCGACACCGUCCUGGUGUCCGGAAUGAAGACCGGCAGCUCCAAGCUCAAGGCUCGCAUCCAGGAGGCUGUGUACAAGAACGUCCGCCCUGCCGAAGUCAGACUGCUGAUACUGGAGAACAUCCUUCUAAGCCCUGCACAUGACAUCUUCCUGUUGGUGGGGACCGCCAUCCGCUACAAGGUGCAGAAGAUCAGGCAGGGGAAGAUUUCAGAACUCUCCAUGCCUUCCGACCUAUAUGAGCUGCAGCUUCAGAACAGCGUCCCGGGCCCCACAGGAGAUCCGGCCCAGCCGGUGGCUGUCUUGGCCCAGGACACGUCAACGGUCACAGCAGUGCAGCUGGGGCAGAGCCACCUUGUCCUCGGCCACAGGAGCAUCCGCAUGCAGGGUGCCUCGAGGCUACCCAACAGCACCAUCUACGUCGUCGAACCCGGGUACCUGGGGUUCACAGUCCACCCUGGGGACAGGUGGGUGCUUGAGACUGGCCGCCUGUAUGAGAUCACCAUCGAAGUGUUUGACACGUCCAGCAACAAGGUCUACCUGUCCGACAGCGUCCGCAUCGACACUGUCCUUCCUCCUGAGUUCUUCGAGGUGCUCUCCUCAUCCCAGAACGGCUCGUACCAUCUCGUCAAGGCCAUAAAGAGGGGCCAGACGGUCAUCGAUGCAGCCCUCACCUCGGUGGUGGACCAGGACGGAGGGGUCCACACCCUGCGAGCGCCUGUGUGGAAUCAGCAGGAGGUUGACAUUCACGUGCCCAUCACCCUCCAUCCCAGCAUCUUGACGUUCCCAUGGCAACCAAAGAGGGGUUCCUAUCAGUACACAAUCAAGGCCCACGGGGGCAGUGGGAACUUCAGCUGGUCCUCCUCAAACUCUGCGGUUGCCACAGUCACCGUCAAGGGCGUGAUGACCACAGGCAGUGACACCGGACUCAGUGUCAUCCGAGCACACGACGUCCAGAACGCUCUGCAUUUUGGAGAGAUGAAGGUCUAUGUGAUCGAGCCCAGCAGCAUGGAGUUUGUCCCGUGCCAGGUGGAAGCUCGAGUGGACCAGAGCCUGGAGCUGCCCCUGAGGAUCAGUGGCCUCAUGCCUGGAGGGACUGGCGAGGUGGUCACCCUGAGUGACUGCUCCCACUUUGACUUGGCUGUGGAUAUGGAGAGCCAGGGUGUCUUCCAGCCUCUCCCAGGGAGGCUGCCGCCAGGGUCUGAGCACUGCAGUGGCGUCAAGGUGAAAGCUGUGGCCCCAGGGUCCACCACGCUCCUUGUGAGCUACAAACACGGCCAUGUCCACCUGAGUGCGAGGAUCACCAUCGCGGCCUACCUGCCUCUCCAGGCUGUGGAUCCCUCCUCCGUUGCCUUGGUAACUCUAGGCUCCUCCAAAGUGAUGCUGUUCAAAGAUGGCCCCAGGCCCUGGGUGCUGGAGCCUUCCAAGUUCUUCCGGAAUGUUACCUCUGAGGACUCUGACAGCAUCAGUCUGGCUCUCCUCGGCCCUCCUGCCUCCCGGAACUACCAGCAGCACAGUAUCCUUGUGACCUGCCAGGCCUUGGGCGAGCAGGUCAUCGCCCUCGCUGUGGGAAACAAGCCCAGCCUCAGCAACCCGUACCCGGCAGUGGAGCCCGCCGUGGUGAAGUUCGUCUGUGCCCCGCCAGCCAGGCUCACCCUCACCCCGGUCUACGCCAGCCCCCAGCUGGAUUUGUCCUGUCCGCUGCUGCAGCAGAACAAGCAGGUGGUUCCGGUCUCCACCCACCGCAACCCUCUGCUGGACCUGUGUGUCUACGACCAGCAGGGCCGCCGCUUCGACAACUUCAGCUCCCUGAGCCUCCACUGGGAGUCCACCAGGCCGCUGCUGGCUGACGUCGAGCUCGGCCUGCCCAUGCAGCUGGUGUCCCAAAACGAUGAGCGUGGGCAGAAGAAGCUGCACGGUUUGCAGGCCGUUUCUGUCUACCAGGCGCCAGGAUCCACAGCCAUCUCUGCCACCGCAGCCAGCUACCAGCAGUCCCACCUCCGCGCUGCCAGAGUGAAGCCACCGCACGAUUUGCCUGUGCCUGUGUCGGCCUCCAUAGAGCUCAUCCUAGUGGAGGAUGUGAGAGUGAGUCCAGAGGAGGUGACCAUCUACAACCACCCUGGCGUCCAGGCUGAUCUCCAUGUCAGCGAAGGCUCUGGCUACUUCUUCUUCAACACGAGUACCGUGGACAUCAUCAAGGUGGUCUACCAGGAGACCAGGGGUGUCGCCACGGUGCAGCCCUUGCUCCCCGGCUCAUCCACCAUCAUGAUCCAUGACUUGUGCCUCAUCUUCCCAGCCCCCGCAAAGGCUGUCGUCCACGUCUCGGACAUUCAGGAGCUGUACGUCCGUGUGGUUGACAAGGUGGAGAUUGGGAAGGCAGUCAAGGCGUAUGUCCGUGUGCUGGACUUUUACAAGAAGCCCUUCCUGGCCAAGUACUUCACCUUCAUGGAUCUGAAACUCCGAGCAGCCUCCCAGAUCGUCACGUUGGUGGCCCUUGACGAAGCACUGGACAGCUACACCGCUACCUUCCUCGUCCAUGGCGUGGCCAUUGGCCAGACCAGCCUGACGGCAAGUGUGACUGAUAAAGCUGGACAGAGGAUCAACUCGGCCCCUCAGCAGAUUGAAGUCUUCCCUCCAUUCAGGCUAAUGCCCAGGAAGGUGACGCUGAUCAUUGGGGCCGUGAUGCAGAUCACGUCGGAGGGCGGCCCCCAGCCCCAGUCCAACAUCCUAUACUCCAUCAGCAACGAGAGCGUCGCGGACGUGAGCGCCGCGGGGCUGGUACAGGGACUCGCCGUGGGCAAUGGCACCGUGUCAGGGGUCGUGCGGGCGGUGGACGCGGAGACCGGCAAGAUCGUCAUCGUCUCCCAGGACCUCGUGGAGGUGGAGGUGCUGCAACUCCAAGCAGUGAGGAUCCACGCCCCCAUCACACGGAUGAGGACAGGGACCCAGAUGCCCGUCUAUGUCACUGGGAUCACCAACAACCAGAGCCCGUUCUCCUUUGGCAAUGCCGUGCCAGGCCUGACCUUCCACUGGUCUGUCACCAAGCGGGACAUCCUGGACCUCCGAGGGCGGCACCAUGAGGCGUCCGUCCAGCUCCCGUUGCAGUACAACUUUGCCAUGAACGUGCACGGUCGGGUCAAAGGCCGCACCGGACUGCGAGUGGUGGUCAAGGCUCUGGACCCCACAGCGGGGCAGCUCCAUGGCCUCGCCAGAGAACUCUCAGAUGAGAUCCAAGUCCAGGUGUUUGAAAAGCUGCUGCUGCUGCACCCUGAAAUAGAAGCAGAGCAAAUCCUAAUGUCACCCAAUUCAUUCCUGAAGCUCCAGACAAACAGGGACACCGCGGCCUCUCUGAGCUACCGCGUCCUAGACGGGCCCGAGAAGGUUCCUGUGGUGCACAUUGAUGAAAAGGGCUUCCUGGUGUCGGGGUCUGUGAUCGGGACGUCCACAGUGGAAGUGACUGCCCAGGAGCCUUUCGGGGCCAAUCAGACCGUCAUCGUGGCUGUAAAGGUGGCUCCCGUUUCUUACGUGAGGAUCUCCAUGAGCCCUGUCCUUCACACCCAGAACAAGGAGGUCCUGGCGGCCCUGCCUUUGGGGAUGACGAUUACUUUCACUGUCCACUUCCACGACAACUCCGGAGACAUCUUCCAUGCUCACAAUUCGGCCCUCAACUUUGCCACUAACAGAGACGACUUUGUGCAGAUUGGGAAGGGCCUCACCAACAACACCUGCGUCGUCCGCACUGUCAGCGUCGGCCUGACGCUGCUCCGCGUGUGGGACGCCGAGCACCCCGGCCUCUCCGACUUCGUCCCCCUGCCCGUCCUGCACGCCAUCGCCCCGGAGCUGCCCGGAACCGUCGUGGUGGGAGACGUCCUCUGUCUGACCACUGUCCUGACUGGCCUCGAGGGCCUCCCGGGAACCUGGAGCUCCUCGGCCAGCAGCAUCCUCCACAUCGACCCCAAGAUGGGCGUGGCCGUGGCCCGGGACGUGGGGCCUGUGACGAUCUACUACGAGGUCGCUGGGUACCUGAGGACCUACAAAGAGAUCGUGGUUGGCGUCCCUCAGAGGAUUGUGGCCCAUCGCGCUCACCCUGCCCAAAGCAGCUUCCAGGAGGUGGCGGCCUCCAAAGUGGUCAUUGCCGUGGGAGACAGGAGCUCUAACCUGAGAGGCGAGUGCUCCCCUGCCCAGACUGACACCAUCGAGACCUUGCACCCGGAAUCCCUCAUCAGCUGCCAGCUCCGGUUCAAGCAAGAGCUCUUCGAAUUCCCAGCCCGGGACGUGUUCUCCGCGGAGCCGGCGUUUGAUGCUGCUCUGGGCCAGUACCUCUGCUUGGUGACGAUGCACAGGCUGACGGAUAAACAGCGGAAGCAGCUGAGCCUGAAGAAGACUGUUCUGGUGGUCACCGCCUCCAUCCCCAGUGGCCACUUCUCCAUACAGCAGGCCGGGGCGGAGGUGCCCUUCAGCCCCGGGCUCUACACUGACCAGGCCGAAAUCCUGUUGAGCAACCACUACACCAGUUCUGACGUCAAGGUCUUUGGUGCCAUGGACAUUCUGGAGAACCUGGAGGUGAAGUCCGGGUCCCCGGCUGUGCUGGCCUUCGUGAAGGAGAAGUCGUCCGGGCUGCCCAGCUUCGUCACUUACACGGUCGGCGUCUCGGACCCCACCGCCGGCAGCCAGGGGCCUCUGUCCACCACCCUCACCUUCUCCAGCCCCAUGACUAGCCAAGCUGUCACCAUUCCAGUCACUGUGGCCUUUGUGAUGGAUCGCCGUGGGCCCGGUCCCUAUGGGGCCAGCCUCUUCCAGCACUUCCUGGACUCCUACCAAGUCAUGUUCUUCACACUCUUCGCCCUGCUGGCCGGGACGGCUGUCAUGAUCAUAGCCUACCACACGGUCUGCACGCCCCGGGAGUUUGCUACACCGCCAGCUCUGGUGCCCCGAGCCAGCCCUCGGCACAGCCCCCACUAUCUGGCUGCCUCGUCGCCGACGUCUUUCAACGCACUGCCUCCUGUUCGCAAAGCCAGUCCUCCUUCGGGGCUGUGGAGCCCAGCCUAUGCCUCCCACUAGCCGCUGUGAAGAGCCGGGGUCAAGGCAGCUCCGCAUAGACGGCCCUGAGACUUGCCUCACACACCUGGGUGACAGGGACAGCUCUGCCGCGUUGACACUGGAACAAGCUCCUCCAGGCCUGCGCCCUGCCCCCGACCAACUCCGCUGCCUUCUCUGUUUGAUGCAGCUGCAGCUCAGGCUGCGCCCUUAGCUUAGUCUUCCGUGUAGGAGUCUUACGAUUUGGGUUAUUUUUUUCCUUCUAAGUCUUGCAAAGCUAAGGCUUGUUAGCGCGUUUUUUUAUGCAUGGCUACUCGGCUUUCUGGACAAGGUGCGCGUGUGUUUUCAUUUCUCUAGCAUCACCAAAUCCCUCCCUCUCAAACUUGAGCUAUAGGCAGUGUAGAAUUGUCUGUAGGCGAUGUCCCGUAGUGGUCUCAGGGAAAGCAUUUUCUAGUUACUUGGGCGCCUUUCUUCUUCUUCUUCUUUUUUUUUUCUUUUGUGCAAAGUGACUUUUCACUGUCUGGCCGCCACUAUGAAAUCUGGGGGACAGACACGAGUGUCCUGAGCCUGUCCUGCCACUGCACAGAAACCUCAAGAGCCUGGCGCAGAGCCCCGUGGGAACUGAGCCCUGUUGGGAGCGAGGUGCCGGGACAGCCCUUGCGCGAAAGCACAGCUUCUCCUGUCUCGGGCUGCUGAGAACAGGCUUCCGUCCUUCUGCCUCGUGAGUGGGGAGACAUCCGGUGGUCCCCGUGGGAUGUCGCAGCUCGGGGUCCGACUCUCCCCUGUCCAGCUUCCUUAUCAACGUGAGGACAUCCAGAACCGUCUGUGGGGAAAGGGCUUUGAGCAAGGACUUUCUUUUCUGACUUGUUCUUUCGUUUGUAAGAGCGUGCACACACACGACGGGGAGUGGGGAAGAGAGGAACACCUCCCCCGGCCAGGUCACGCCACGAUUGCCCUUCGCAGUCCUCCAGCGCACGGGCUCUGGGACACUGGCCCACAUACCUAACGUCCAGGCCCGGUGUUUCCGCUCAUGAAAUCUCAGACACAGGCACGCACGCCUGGAGUGCUUAGGCUGACCGGGCCGGGAUUCGAACUGCAGCCGCCAUGUACGGCCGCUUCUCGCGCUGCGUUUCGGCCUCUGCUAUGUGAUUCAGAAGCCGUCGUGUUCUGCCUCAGCACAAAGCCAGUGUUAUUUUCCCUCCCUCUGCCGCGUCAGUGAGUACCUCAGCAGAUCUGAGCCGCUGCCCUGCCCGGCAGGAGACGCCGUCUCUCCAGCAGCGAGCAGCCGGGCCCAGGGCCCCCCCAGGCAGCUUCCCAGCAGGCCCCGUAGCCCAGGCCAGGGCCAGCGGUGGGUGACCUGGCUGUCCAGUGCCUGCCUCCAGGAAGGGACUUGUCGAGGGGCUGGGAGAGAAGACCUUGCAGAGAAUGCUCCUCUUCCCUAACUCCACGUUCAGGAUCUGAGCCCUUCGGAACGUGGCCACUGCAGUCCCAGGACUGGGUCUCGUGCCACCCUCAGGGAGAUCUGGAGGCCCAGGCCCCAGAGCGGGCCACGCACAGGCCUGCAGGUGGAGAGUCCAGCCCGACUCUGAGGCUGAGUGUGAAUCCACUGCAGUCCUUUGGGGCGGGCCCUGUGGUGACUUCUUGAAAGCUGGAGAAAAAGAAUCGUGCCUUGUGAAUUACUUGAGCUUACACUGACAUCAGAUGUAAAUAGCCUUUUUACUUGUUUAUUUAAUAAAGCGCUGUGUAAUUUCUUAA